CCCGCUGCGCCCUUCCUCGCAUCUGUCCGCCUGCUGUCGCCAUGCCUGUCCCCAAGAUCGCCCCCUCCAUGCUCUCCAGCGACUUUGCCAACCUCGCUGGGGAGGCCAAGCGCAUGGUCGAAGCCGGAGCCGACUAUCUGCACAUGGAUGUCAUGGAUGGCCACUUUGUGCCCAACCUCACCCUCGGAGCCCCCAUCAUCAAGUGUCUGCGCAAGCACACGAACGCAUUCCUGGAUUGCCAUUUGAUGGUCUCGAACCCUGAACAGUGGGUCGAUGACUACGCAAAGGCCGGUGCAUCCAUGUACACUUUCCAUAUCGAGGCCACAGCCAACGCUGCUGCCCUGAUUGCCAAGGUGCGUGCCACCGGCAUGAAGGUCGGUAUUGCCGUUAAGCCCAAGACGGCAAUCGAGUCGGUCUUUGACUACGCCAACGAUGUCGACAUGAUUUUGAUCAUGACCGUCGAGCCUGGAUUCGGCGGCCAGGCCUUCAUGAACGACUGCCUCCCCAAGGUCCGCGCUCUGCGCCAAAAGUUCCCCAACCUCGACAUCCAAGUCGAUGGCGGUCUUGCCAACGACACCAUCGAGCGGGCCACCGAGGCUGGCGCCAACGUCAUCGUCGCCGGCACCUCGAUCUUUAGUGCCCCAUCGCCCAAGGAUACCAUCCAGCACUUCCGCGACUGUGUCCUGCGAAACGUCACCAACAAAUAAAGGAGGUUUCAUGCAUCGGCGAAACGAUGCCGAAAGACCAA